AUGGCCAAAUUCGCCGCCCUGGCGUUACUCGCCGGCUUAGGGACAGCCGACGAGCUGUACACUCCGAAACACGAGGCCGGACGCUGCGCCAUCCGCAAUCACUGCGGCAAGAAGAGCUUCUUUGGCAAAGAACUUCCCUGUGUCGAUAAUGGCCUGGCCGAGCAGCCCGAUGCGGAUCUAAGGAAUCAGUUGGUAGAUCUGUGCGGCCCCAAAUGGAAUGACGGCCCAAUAUGUUGCACCAAGGAACAGGUCGAGUCGCUCAAAGAUGAGCUCUCCACUGCAAAUACGAUCGUAUCGUCAUGCCCAGCCUGCAAGGACAACUUCUACAACCUCUUUUGUACUUUCACCUGCUCUCCCGAUCAGUCGCUCUUCAUAAACGUGACAAACACCAUGUCUAAGAACGGCAAGACACUCGUCACAGAGCUCGACCAGCUCAUAUCCGCAGACUACGGUACCGGUUUCUACGAUAGCUGCAAGGAUGUCAAGUUUGGACCAAGCAACAGCGAGGCCAUGAAGCUCAUCGGAGGCGGCGCGAAGAACUACACACAGUUCCUCAAGUACCUGGGCGACGAGAAGCUGGUCGGCUCGCCGUUCCAGAUCAACUUCCCAGUGUCAUACAAGGAGCCGAAGAUGGACCCCCUCCCCAUGACACCCAAGAAAUGCAACGAUCAAGACCCCAACUUCCGCUGCGCUUGUGUGGACUGCCCACAAGUGUGCCCUGAACUGCCCGAGGUCGAAGACGCCGGCUCGUGCAAGGUUGGACUGCUGCCAUGUCUUUCAUUCGCUUCGAUAUUCGUCUACAGCAUUCUACUUUUGAGUCUAGCCGUGGCCAUUGUUGGUCACGUAUGGUACCGGAAGCGGGCCGCGCGUCUCCAGGAGGAACGAACUCUGCUCCAGGGUGGAAUCGACGCGAGCGAUGAUGAUGAUGACGAGGGCCGGCUAGUGCAAAACGGCGCCAUGUUUGACCGUCCUACCAAGCCCUACCAACUGAAUACUUGGUGUAAUACAGCCUUCAGGAGGCUUGGCCAUUGGGCUGCGCGGUUCCCCGCCAUCACAAUCACAAGUUCUCUCAUUGUCAUCAUCGUGCUUAGCGCUGGCUGGGUGCGUUUCGAGAUCGAGAAGGACCCUGCCAGGUUAUGGGUUGCUCCAACCUCGUCUGCUGCUCAGGAGAAGGAGUUCUUUGACUCCAACUUCGGCCCGUUCUAUCGAGCAGAGAAGGUGUUCCUCGUCAAUGACACCCUCCCCUCGGGGCCGGGCCCGGUUCUCACUUACGAGACGCUGCUUUGGUGGAUCGAAGUGGAGAAGAGCAUCUCGCAGCUCGAGAGUGAGACUUGGAAGAUGAAGCUGCAUGAUGUUUGCUACAAGCCGACUGGGUCUGCUUGUGUGGUUCAGUCGGUGGCAGCUUAUUUCGACAACGAGCCAGCGCUUAUCAGCAAGAAAGGCUGGCAAGAUCAGCUACGGCAAUGCGCUCGAGCACCAGCGGAGUGCCGGCCGGCCUAUGGUCAGCCUCUUGAACCAAAUAUGAUCCUCGGCGGCUACUCUGGCACGGAUGACGUGGUCGACGCCCCUGCAAUGACCGUGACUUGGGUUGUCAACAACUUCGCGGAGGGCACAUCCGAGCUUGCCCGAGCUAUGGACUGGGAGAUAGCCCUGAAAAACUUUCUGCUUGAAACACAGAAGGAGGCAGCUACCAGGGGUCUCAGGCUGUCAUUCUCCACAGAAAUCAGCCUGGAGGAGGAGCUCAACAAAACCACCAACACGGAUGCCAAGAUUAUUGUCAUCAGCUACGUAAUCAUGUUCCUCUACGCAUCCAUCGCCCUCGGCUCUACGACGUUGUCAAUCAGGGAUAUGAUCAGGAACCCCGCCGUCAGCAUCGUAGAGUCCAAGUUCUCUCUUGGUGUGGCCGGCAUUGUCAUUGUCCUCAUGUCGAUCAGCGCAUCUAUCGGUCUGUUCUCGUGGGCGAACUUGAGGGCUACGCUCAUUAUCGUCGAUGUCAUACCAUUCAUUGUGCUCGCUGUCGGCGUGGACAAUAUAUUCCUGAUCGUCCAUGAAUUCGAGCGGGUCAACAUCACAAACCCUGACGACGACGUCGAAGUGCGUGUUGCCAAAGCUCUGGGGCGCAUGGGUCCCUCCAUACUUCUUUCCGCAAUCACAGAGACAGUUUCCUUCGCUUUGGGUGCAUUUGUCGGCAUGCCGGCCGUGCGCAACUUCGCCAUUUACGCGGCCGGUGCUGUGUUUAUCAACGCACUCUUGCAGGUCACACUAUUCAUCUCGCUGCUCGCAUAUAAUACGAAGCGGGUCGAGGACUCGAGAAUGGAUUGUUUUCCUUGCAUCACGAUCAAAGCGGCCAGGAUCCAUCUCGAUGGUAGCAACGGCAAUCUUGGCGCCCGGUUAUACGAGGUACCCGAGGAGGGCUUCCUCCAGCGGUUCAUUAUUCGUUAUUAUGCGCCUGCUUUGUUGGGCAAGAAGGUAAAAGUGGCGAUCAUCGCAAUUUUCCUGGGCUUCUUUGCUGCCGGUGUUGCUCUCAUCCCUGAGGUCAAGCUAGGGCUUGACCAGAGAGUAGCAAUUCCUGAUGACUCGUACCUGAUCCCAUAUUUCAACGAUCUCUACGACUAUUUCGACUCUGGUCCGCCUGUCUACUUCGUGGCCAAAGAUGUCGAUGCGACCAAACGAAAGCACCAACGACAGAUCUGCGCAAGGUUCACUACUUGUGAUUCGUUGUCGCUCACCAACGUUCUAGAGCAAGAACGCAAGCGUACCGACGUGUCAUACAUCUCGUCUCCAACCGCGAGCUGGGUUGACGACUUCUUCCUUUGGCUCAACCCUCAAUUUGAAGAGUGCUGUGUCGAGAAAGGAUCCCCAUGCUUUCAGAAUCGAGACCCAGCAUGGAAUAUCACACUUUCAGGGAUGCCGGAGGGAGAUGAAUUCAUCCACUAUCUCCAAAAGUUCCUUUCUGCGCCGACCACUGAGGAUUGCCCACUUGGCGGCCAAGCGUCUUAUGGAUCUGCCGUCGUUAUCGACGAAGAGAAAAAGACCAUUCCUGCAAGCCACUUCCGCACGAUGCACUCACCCCUGCGCAGCCAGGAUGACUUUAUCAAUGCCUACACCUCUGCCAGGCGAAUUGCUCGUGAUGUGAGCCGCUCGACAGGGGCAGAAGUAUUCCCAUACAGUGUUUUCUACAUAUUCUUUGACCAGUAUGUUACGAUUGUUGGUUUGACGGCAGGCCUGCUCAGCGCCGCGAUCGGUAUCAUUUUCGUCAUCUCGUCCAUUCUCCUCGGCUCAGCCCUCACUGGUGCGGCUGUAGCGAUCUCGGUGGUGAUGACUAUCGUGGACAUCAUCGGUGCGAUGGCGGUGUUCAAUGUCAGUCUCAAUGCUGUGUCUCUGGUCAACUUGAUCAUCUGCGUGGGCAUUGCGGUCGAGUUCUGCGCCCACAUUGCGAGGGCCUUCAUGUUCCCUUCGCGCACCUUUAUGGAACGCGCUAAGAACCGCUUCCGAGGCCGCGAUGCUCGUGCGUGGACUGCGCUUGUCAACGUUGGCGGCUCCGUGUUCUCGGGAAUCACUGUUACAAAGAUACUCGGUGUUUUUGUGCUGGCUUUCACUCGGAGCAAGAUCUUUGAGAUUUACUACUUCCGCAUCUGGGUCGCGCUCGUGGUGUUCGCAGCCACGCAUGCUUUAGUCUUCCUGCCUGUUAUCCUGAGCUUCAUGGGAGGCAAGGGCUACCUCGACCCCGAGAGCGAAGGCGGGCUCGAUGAAGAUCUGGCGAGCCGGCGUUUCCGCGCCGUUGUGGACCAGGACGAUAGCGAUUCCGAGGAGGACUAG